AUGAACUCAAAUUAAAGUUUGAUAUUAAGAGUUACCUUUGGAGAAUUUAAACAAAAAUUAAUUAUUGAUGAUCAUUAGAAAUCGAUCAUUGACUUAAAAAAUGAAAUAUCUAAAUAAUUUUUAGAAAAUGGAAUUAAUAUUGAUUAGAAUAAAGUAUUGCUUUAAGAUGAAGAUGGAUUUAUUCUAAAUGAAAGUGAAACAAUUUAUAAUUUACUGAAAACAAAUGAUAUAGUAAAAGUAGUACAAUAGGAAGAGAAAUAAAAUAUUGUAAUUUAGUAAUAAUAGAAACAAAUAGAAACUUAAGAAUGCUAAUAAGAAUAAUUAUAAUAAAAUAUCAAUUAAAAUAAUGAUCCUGUUGAGGCUAUUGUUGUAUUAUUUGAUAUUUCAGGAUCUAUGAAAGGAAAUUACUUUAAAGAAGAUUAAUUAUCUAGAAUUGGAGCAGUAAAUGCUUUUUUUUCAGCCUUUGCUGAUAAAACUUUAGCUUUCGAAUUUAAUCAUAUAGUAAAACUUGUAUGGUUUUAAUCAUUUAUAGUAGAUAAAUGUGAAUUUACAAAUGAUUUUAAUACUUUCAUUAAAUUGGUUGAUGAUGCAUCUCCAGGAGGUGGAACUAAAUGUUAUGAUGCAAUAGAUUAUGCAAUUGAGUAAUUAAAAGAAAUCAAAAAGAAAUAUCCAAAUAUAAUAUUAAGAAUACUUGCAUUAACAGAUGGAGAUGAUAAUUAAUCAAAAGAAAAUCCAUAAAGUUUAAUCUCCAAAAUUUUUGAAAAUUAAAUUAUAAUAGAUUCCUUUGUUGUAAAUAAUGAUUGUGUAGGAUUAAAAACUUUGACUCAUGCAACUAAUGGAAGAUGUUAUUGUCCUUAAACUCUAGCUGAAGGCAUGUCUUUAUUUGAAAUUGAAAGUAUCUUAAGUAUAAGUCAUAGAGAAAAAUAAGAAUAUCCAAAAGAAAUGCUAGAUUUAAAUUCAUUAUAAAAUAAACCUUUUGAUACUGAAGCAAUGAAAGUUAUAUCUAUGGAUGUCUAAAAGACUGCUGUUAUGAAAAAAGAAGAAAUUUUAAAGAAAAUGUCACAAAUGCAAAACCCAACUUAAAACUCUGGCUCAACUUCCUAAGGAAUAAAUAAUUAAACUAGAAUAUUAAAGGAAUUACAAGAAGUUACUGUAUAAGGUGAUAAAUUGAAUUUUAAAUGCUAUCCUACUGCAAAUGAUAUGAAAACAUGGAAGGUUUUAUUGUAUGGUCUUAAAGGAACUGUUUAUGAAGGUGGAUUAUACAUUUUAAGUUACAUAUUCCCAUAAAACUAUCCUUUUAGACCUCCAAAAGUUUAGUUCAUCACUAAAUUAUAUCAUCCUAAUGUCAGUAGAGGUGGAUCGAUUUGUUUAGAUAUAAUAAAUAAUUCUUGGAGUCCUGCACUGACAAUUAUAUAAGUACUUAAUUCAGUUUCAGAAAUGCUUUAAAAUCCAAAUGCUGAUGAUGCUUUAGAUUGUAAUAUUGCAGCAAUUUAUAAACAUGAACCAGAAUUAUUUAAAUAGAAUGCUUUAAAAGAGAAAUUAGAAGUAGCUUCUCCAUCAGAGGAUAAUUUAUUAGCAGAUAUUUUAGGAGCAAUUGAUGCUAAUUCCUAAGACUAUAUAGAUACUAAAAAAGAAUUAUAAACCUGGUUGGAAUAAUAAAAAUAAAAUUGA